AUGGUCUUGGAAGCUCAUCAACCUGCAGCUCGGGCUAAACUGGGGACAUCUCUCUUGGAGUCAGAUGGCCUAGCCCAUCCCUUUUCCCCUGUGAGGCUUUGGCCGCAGCAGCCCAGUCGGUACUACUCGAUCCUAAUGCCGCCGCACAGAGCCUCGUCUAUGGGCCCGAUUCUGGUCAUCAAUGUUUCAGAACCUCUCUUGCUGCUUGGCUGGUGCGCUUCUAUAGGCCAGGCGCCGGGAAAGUUCGCCCCGACCGCCUCUUCAUCACCAAUGCCUGCUCUCAGCAUCCAAAAGGAUAAGGCUGCGGCCUACAUCCGCCAGCACGCAGAUGAAUGA